GCUGAUAGACGCCAGUAUAGCAAAAAUAUAAGUUAUGAAUUCAGUUUAACGUGCCUAACUAAUACUUUUCAUUAAAACAUUUACUUAAUAUUUUGCAAUGGAUUACGAUUUUAAGAUGAAAACGCAAAUGGAACGAACGAAAGUGGAGGACCUCUUCAACUACGAAGGCUGUAAGGUAGGACGCGGUACGUAUGGACAUGUUUACAAAGCAAAAUGGAAGGAGCGUACUGACGGCAAAGAAUACGCACUGAAGCAGAUAGAUGGAACUGGUUUAUCCAUGUCUGCAUGUCGAGAAAUCGCACUUCUUCGAGAACUCAAACAUCAAAAUGUAAUCACAUUGAUUCGGGUGUUCCUUUCUCACAACGACCGUAAAGUAUUUCUUUUAAUAGAUUACGCUGAGCACGAUUUAUGGCACAUUAUUAAGUUUCAUCGUGCUGCUAAAGCCGCCAAGAAGCAAGUAAUUGUACCGAGAGGAAUGGUGAAAAGUUUACUGUAUCAAAUUUUGGAUGGGAUACACUAUUUGCACAGUAACUGGGUUUUACAUCGAGAUCUAAAGCCGGCAAAUAUUUUAGUUAUGGGUGAUGGUAAUGAGAGGGGACGCGUAAAAAUUGCAGAUAUGGGAUUUGCUCGUCUGUUUAACGCGCCACUUAAACCGUUAGCAGAUUUAGAUCCAGUAGUUGUAACAUUUUGGUAUCGGGCACCAGAACUGCUAUUAGGUGCGCGUCAUUACACUAAAGCAAUUGAUAUUUGGGCAAUUGGUUGCAUUUUCGCCGAAUUGCUUACGUCCGAGCCUAUUUUUCAUUGUAGACAAGAAGAUAUUAAAACUAGUAAUCCAUAUCACCAUGAUCAACUGGAUCGUAUCUUCAAUGUAAUGGGAUUUCCGCAAGACAAGGAUUGGGAGGACAUCAAAAAAAUGCCUGAGCAUCAUACUCUAAUAAAAGAUUUCAAGCGCUCAACUUAUUCAACUUGCUCUUUAGCUAAAUAUAUGGAACGCCACAAAAUUAAACCAGAUAGCAAAGCAUUCCAUCUUUUACAGAAACUUCUGCUUAUGGAUCCUAAUAAACGCAUCACUUCAGAACAAGCUAUGCAAGAUCCUUACUUCCAAGAAGAUCCACUGCCUACUCAAGACGUUUUUGCGGGUACCCCUAUUCCUUAUCCGAAGAGAGAAUUUUUAACAGAUGAUGACCAAGAAGAUAAAGCCGACAACAAAAGACAACAACAACAACAACAGCAGCAGCAACAACAGCAAGAACCAAAUGCUAAAAGAGUUCGUUUAUCGGGGCCAGCUGGUCCUGGUCAACAGCAACAGCAAGUGCAACAAACGCAAGAUUUUCAUCAUCAACAACAGCAGCAACAACAAAUGAUGUUCAAUCAACAACAAAAUUUUCAGCAACGUUUUUAAAUAUUACAUGCAACGCGAUUUAUUUUUAAUAAGAAAUACAAUUAAAUAUGUAAUUUGGCUACAGAUCUCUAAUAUUUCAAUGACUAGUGCAAAGUUGAUAAUUUUUGAACAAAACAAAUAUUUAUAAAAUGUGUCUAUGCUGUACUUUUUAAAUUAAUUUGCUCAAGAAGAAGAGUUGUCAUUUUGUAGAUUUGUUAAAAUAAAACAAAAUAGAAAAUGUGGCGGAUGGUA